UGUCGAGACAGAUAAAUGCAUGAGGCAUCCGGCCAGCUCACGAUGGAGAGAACAGCCGUCGGACAAUACGAUUGUUGUCACUGUGUCACAUGAAACUUCCCAUCGUCAAAUCCCCGCUGUCCUUCUCCCGCCAGGCCCAACCUGAUUCUACAAACCCCGCUCAGCACCCAGAAACUAUGUUAGCAUCACUGCAAGCAAUGGCAGAAGAGAAGCGGGAUACCGCCAUGUCCGAAACCCAACUCAUCCAGGACGAAGACGAUGGUCUGCAGGUUAGUUGGACCGCAGAUGAAGAGAGGGCGUUGGUCCGAAGAGUCGAUCUCCUAGUGAUGCCGCUGUUGAUACUCGGCUUCUUCGCCCUGCAGCUGGAUAGAGGCAACAUCGGCAACGCCAUGACAGACUUCUUCCUCCAGGAUGUUGGCAUCACGCAAUACCAGUUUAACAUCGGUCAACAGCUGUUGUCGGCUGGUAUUGUGUUGCUUGAGAUCCCGAGUAACCUGUUGCUCUACAGGAUCGGUCCUGCCGUGUGGAUUGGGUCGCAGAUUCUUGCAUGGGGCUUUGUUGCCACUUUUCAAGCAUUUCAGAAAGGCCUGGGUCCGUAUCUCGCAACGCGAUUACUGCUUGGAUUAUGCGAGGCAGGAUUCAUCCCUGCCGGCCUCUUCACCAUCACUCGCUGGUACAAGCGCGAAGAGACCACCACGCGGUUCUCAUGGUACUUUAUUGGCAAUUUGCUUGCCGCUGCUUGCUCUGGGCUCGUGGCCUAUGGGAUCCUGCAUUUGAGAGGCGUUUGCGGCCUGGCUGGAUGGCAAUGGCUGUUCUUGAUUGAGGGCAUUUUCACCAUCCUCGUGGGCAUCUUGUUCAUCUGCCUCUUUCCCCUCUCAGCGGAAAACCCCGUUUCAAUCCUCGGGCUGCGGUACUUUAGCGAGCGAGAGGCACAGAUCCUGCAACAGCGAGUGCUGCGAGACGACCCGACCAAGGCCCAGAAACGCAAGAAUGUUAGCUGGGAUGAAAUCAAGGCAACUUUUACCAACUGGCGACUGCUCCCUCACCUCUUCAUGACCUUCUUAGGGUUGGCACCUGCCAGCACAAUGGGCGCCUACGCUCCGUCGCUGGUCGUCUCGUUCGGCUUUGACCGGCUCAAGUCCAAUGCCAUGACCUCCGUUGGCGCCUGGUGUCUGCUCGUCACUAACAUCAUUUGGGGGACGGUUGCCGACAGAUUAAGACUGAGGGGAGCCAUGGUCUUUCUAGGCCUGCUUGUCUUCUGGGGGUUCACGCUGGGUAACCGCCUGCUUAUCGAAUCUACCAAUUCCAACCUGAGGUUUGGAAUACUCACUGCGGCGCUGGCGUUUCAAGUCACUUGGCACCCCGUCAAUGGUUCCUGGCUGGCUAUCAACGCACGAACGGCCGGCGAGCGCUCCGUCACCAUGGCGCUCCUCAUUAUGAGUGCCAACAUUUCGGGCAUCAUUGGGAGUCAGCUCUUCCAGGCAGAGGAUGCCCCCACGUAUAGGAAGGGCUGGACGGCCAUUAUCUGCUUGGUCUCUGCCUCGCUCGCCAUGUCCAUUCUUGCCAACCUGCAGUACUGGCUACUGAACAGGUUCCAGAACAGGAAGGGUGAGGCUAGGUAUCAGUAUUGAGAGAGGCGGCUUGGGGGCAUAUCCUUGUAUCUUAUUGUCGCGGUCAAACGACCCACCCCCUGGCAGCAGAAAGCCAGUUUUGUGGUGAGCAUGCAUUAAAGUACACCGCGUACAGUACUACGUUAAGUCAGAUUUUUACUUAAAACGAGACGUUGUAAUAGCCAUCACCAAGAAUAAGCAUCAACCUCCAACACAAACACCACCCCACGCUUCCUCCCCUCCUCUCUCCCCAUCCGUGCAACCUUAUC